GCCGCCGGCGGGGUUGCUUGAAUUGCUUUGACCGGCAGACGCCGGCAUGUACUUGUAUUCCCUAUUUAUUCCGAACCUCGCGGAGACUUGCGCACUCGGCUGUCGGCUCACCCAACAACACUCCGAUAGAUCGAUCCGGCGCCACCGGACGCACACGCUGAGAUCGAUGGCCACCCACGGCGACGCCGCGGCACCGCACGCGCUCCUCCUCCCCUACCCGGCGCAGGGCCACGUCAUCCCGUUCAUGGAGCUCGCCCACCGCCUCCUCGACCGGGGCUUCGCCGUCACCUUCGUCAACACCGACUUCAACCACCGCCGCGUCGUCGAAGCCGCCGCGGGCGCGCCGCCGGCUGCCGGAGGCGGGCGGCGCCUGCGGCUCGUCGGGGUCCCCGACGGGAUGGGCGACGGCCAGGACCGCGACAACCUGGUCCGGCUCAACGCCACCAUGCAGGAGGCCAUGCCGCCGCGGCUGGAGGCGCUUCUCGACGGCGGCGAAGGGGGCGAGGGCCUGGGCAGGGCUACGUGUGUCGUGGUCGACGCGGGCAUGUCGUGGGCGCUGGACGCGGCCAAGCGGCGGGGGCUCCCCACGGCCGCGCUCUGGGCGGCGUCGGCGGCGGUGCUCGCGGUGAUCGUGGGCGCCAAGAGCCUCAUCCGCGACGGCGUCAUCGACGACGACGGUGCUCCGGUCAAGAUUGGGAGCGGCAGCUCGUUCCGGCUGGCCGAGUCCAUGCCGCCCAUGGACGCGACCUUCCUCGCCUGGAACUACAUGGCGGGCAGCCGCGACGCGGCGCGCAUGGUCUUCCACUACCUCACCACCACCGCCUGGGCCGCCGUCGCCAAGGCGGACGUCCUCCUCUGCAACACCUUCCCCGAUCUCGAGCCGGGCAUCCUCACCCCCGACUCCCCUGCCGCCUCCGUCCUCCCCAUCGGCCCGCUCCGCACAUGCCGCCCAACAACCGGUGGCGAGGCGGCGCCGCUCGUCGGGCACUUUUGGCGCGCCGACGGCGAGGCCUGCCUGUCCUUCCUCGACGCGCAGCCCCAGGGCUCCGUCGUGUACGUCGCGUUCGGCAGCUUGGCCGUCAUGAGCCCCGCGCAGCUCCGGGAGCUCGCGCUCGCGCUCGCUCUGGGAGCGUCCGGCCGCCCGUUCCUGUGGGUCUUGAGGCCGGGGCUGGCAGGCAAGCUUCCGGCAGAGCUCACAGACAUGGUGGCGCAGGCGCAGCAUGGGCGGCUUGUGGAGUGGGCUCCGCAGGAGCGCGUGCUCGCGCACCCGGCUGUCGGGUGCUUCCUGACGCACUGCGGGUGGAACUCGACGCUGGAGGGCAUCCGCAACGGCGUGCCGCUGCUCUGCUGGCCCUACUUCACCGACCAGUUCAGCAACCAGACGUACAUCUGCGACAUCUGGAGGGUGGGGAUGAGGAUGACGGCGGCACCCGUUGGCAGCCGAGGCGUCGUGAGCAAGGAGGAGAUCGUGGAGAGGUUGGAGAGCCUGCUGGGUGAUGGUGGCGUCAAGGAAAGGGUGGGUAAGUUGAGGGAGCUGGCGGAGAGGAGCGUGAGUGGAGAGGGACAGUCGUUGAAGAAUCUCAACGUCUUCAUGGAGCUUAUGAGAAAGUGAACAUCACACAGCAUGGUUGGUACACUGACGAUGCAGUUCCACAGAAGUGUACUAGUAGGCUACUGGAUUUUCUCCUCCCCCGUCACCGUUAUUGAGAUACGUGUGCACAAAACAAUAAAUGGAACCCCAUGGCCAUUUCAAACUGUGAUGCUUGUUCAAAACAAGAAGAAAUCGUCCCUGUUCCUGGCAGCUGACCCUGGCGCUGAGGCACCGCACGUGCGCACACACUCUGACACAAACAAACCAAACGGAUGAUACAUCAGUACAUCACAGUAUCACACACAGGCAGGGAAUUUGUGACUAAUAAAUUUGUUCAUGCAUUUCUACGGGUCAAAUAAUUCAAUAUCACACGGAUAUAGAUG